GGGGGAGAAAAACCCAACCUCCUUUCCCUCCCAUUUAUCUCUUCCCCCUUUUUUCUCUCCUUCCUUCCUUCUUUCUAUUGGGCUUUUAGAUUUUUUUCCUCCUUCACCUCUUUUCCCAUCCCUCCCUCUGCCCCCCAUCUGCUUCUUUCCAUUCCCUCCCCCCCUCCCCAUGUGAGAUCACCUAUUGUUGCAAUCUCUGUCCCCCCAUCCCCCCCUCCAGUUUUGCAUCAGCCACCUUUGAUAUCUGCCCCCUCCCCAUAUUAUUUAAUAUUUUAUUUUUCCCACCCUCCUUCUUCCUCGGGCAAUGCCAGAAGAUGCCAGGGAAUGAGAGCCAGGUAGCAUCCAGCCGAGCGGUGGCACAUCGUUUGAAGGAUGCGGGUGACACGGUGUGUCGGACACCUUUGUUCUCAGCGGCUGCUGCUCCAUUCCAUCAUUUCUGGUGACUGAAAUCCACCGUGAUUCUCCUUUUCCUUGCUUUGGUGGGUGGCUGUCUCCCCUCCCCACAAGCCCUGCACCUGCGUCUUGGUCCCUCUCCCCGCCUCCCUCCCUCCCCUCCUUCCCUAUCCAUGAUUCCAGACUCCCCCUAAGAUGCUAAGACCAGGCCCCUUCCUUCUUCUGGCUGCGUCCAUGUCGUAUUUCAACCCUGAGAAAGCUUUGGCAGCGCCUUCAGAAAACGAUGGUUUAUCUCAGGGCUGGAGUCCCCUGGCCCCUCCAUACGCUGUGGUCCUGAUCUCCUGCUCAGGCUUGCUGGCAUUUAUCUUCCUCCUCCUCACCUGCCUGUGCUGUAAGCGUGGUGAUGUGGGCUUCAAGGAAUUUGAGAACCCUGAUGGAGAGGAAUAUUCUGGAGAGUACACACCGCCAGCUGAGGAGACCUCCUCCUCUCAGUCCAUCCCAGAUGUUUAUAUUUUGCCUCUCUCUGAGGUCUCACUCCCAUCUUCCAACCAACAGAUGCCCAAGACUGAUCUGGUGAAACACCUGGGACUCAGCAGACAGCACCUCAGUUAUCUGCAGGAGAUUGGAAAUGGCUGGUUUGGAAAGGUUAUUCUGGGAGAAAUAUUCUCGGAUUUCACCCCAGCACAGGUGGUAGUAAAAGAAUUGCGGGUGAGUGCUGGGCCACUGGAGCAGAGGAAAUUCUUGUCAGAAGCGCAGCCAUAUCGAAGCCUUCAGCAUCCAAACAUCCUGCAAUGCCUCGGCCUGUGUACAGAGACCAUUCCCUUCCUGCUUAUCAUGGAAUUCUGUCAGCUGGGAGAUCUGAAACGUUACCUUCGAGCCCAGCGCAAAGCAGAUGGGAUGACCCCUGACCUGCUCACCCGUGACCUCAGCACACUACAGCGCAUGGCCUACGAGAUCACACUAGGAGUGCUGCACCUGCAUAAAAACAACUACAUCCACAGUGAUUUGGCGCUUCGGAACUGCUUGCUGACCUCAGACCUCACGGUGCGGGUUGGUGACUACGGCCUCUCACACAACAACUACAAGGAAGACUAUUAUAUCACCCCUGACCGGCUCUGGAUUCCUUUGCGCUGGGUCGCCCCAGAGUUGCUGGAUGAGAUGCAUGGCAACCUCAUUGUGGUGGAUCAGACCAAGGAGAGCAAUGUCUGGUCGAUGGGAGUGACCAUCUGGGAGCUUUUUGAGUUUGGCUCCCAGCCUUACCGGCACCUCUCAGAUGAGGAGGUGUUAACGUUUGUCGUCAAAGAGCAGCAGAUGAAGCUAGCCAAGCCACGCCUUAAGCUUCCCUACUCGGACUAUUGGUAUGAGGUGAUGCAGUCCUGUUGGCUCCCAGCUUCCCAUCGCCCGACUAUGGAAGAGCUGCACUUGCAGGUGAGCUACCUGCUGAAUGAGCGCUCCAAUGCUCAAGCAGAGGAGAGCUUUGAGUGGCGCUGGAGUGCCCUGAAACCCAAGCGCUCCUCCUCUCCGCCGCCUGCUUCCUCUUCCUCUGCACGCCACCGGCGCCCAUCAGAAGAGAUCUCGGCCUACCCGCUACUGGAUGGGUUCCAUGGUGGCGACAUGGAUGACAUCCUGACAGUGACGGAAAGCAGUGGGGGGCUGAACUUUGAAUACAUGUGGGAGAAGGCCCGUCUGGGAAGAUGGAAGGGGCCUGCCUCGGCACCGCCAGAGUACCCCUCCAGCAAUGGUGGGUUAGCAGUACCUGGGAGCAAUCCUUUCUAUGAACAAACAUCACAGCGUGGGCACAGCCUGGAGACUCCCAGCGUGGUGCCCGUCAUCAGUGCCCGCAGCCCCUCCGUCAGCAGCGAGUAUUACAUUCGCUUGGAGGACCAUGGCGGGGGUGAAGGGCCAGUUUGUGCCCCCAGUCCCGGCUCCCCACCCCAGCCCCUCUUUCCCUCGGAUUGGGACUGCCGCAGCACCCCCUAUCGGCCACAGGAGCAGUCCAACACCAACCCCUUCUUGGCCAGUGGCAGUGGUGACAGCAACCCCUUCCGUGUGGAUGGUGAGAUCCAAGAGACAUCGCUGACUGAAACGCCAUCCGCAGGGGGCGAGACGUUCCUAACCGAGUCUCUUCUCACUGUGUAUCGGGAACUGGAGGACCAGCAGCGUAGCUGGGAUGCCGAGAUGAUGGAAGAACGAGGGGCAGGGGAGACGCUGGCUGGGGACCCCUCGGAGUUCCAGGGGUCUCCCUCAUGGGAGCAGGAACCUUCGUUGAUGGAGGACCAAAGUUCUGGCAGCAGCACUGAUGAUGGUGGGAGCAGCAUUGGGGGUGGGCGACGUAAUCUCUUGCCAUGCCCGCUGUGCAGCCGGGUGCGCUGCACAUGUGCCAUUCCUCGGGGGGAUGUGGUGAGCGGUUGGAGCAACCACGGCCCACCCCUGCGGCGUCCUCAUCGUGACAGCUAUGGCACUGAAGACGACUCCUCACUGAAAGUGGAGCGUGGCUCCCUCUCUGACUGCCCUAUACUGCCCCCUAGGGAUGGUGAUGGUGAUGGUGGAGAACACAGUGAAUUCUAUGACCCACUCAUGGGUGCUGCUGUGAAGACAUAUGAACUCCAGGACUACCCAAAACAAAGAAGUGGAGGAAGCAGCCGUCCGCCCGGAUCGCCCUUCCCAGCUAUAUCCUCUGGAUGUUGCAAUGUGAUUGUUCCCAUAGAAAUACCACCGUUGUCCACUUUGGCGGAGACCAAUGAUGAAGAGACUAUUGCUAUUCUCCCAGAAGCCAUUGAUGGAUUCUCCACUGGUCCACCAACCCUUAGCCUCUCCCCAGCAGCACCAGAGCGACAAAGGGGAACCUUAGACUCAGUGGAUUCCUUGGACAUUCCUUCAAACACCAGUUCCUCCGACGUCUGCAGCCCAGCAUCCCAUUAUUCCUCUCCAGGGCAAAAAUUUGGUGACAGUGGGUAUGAAACAGAAAGCACUUUCUCACCGGAGUUCAUAUUCAAAGAGGAACCCCCGCCAACAACUUCUGGAGAGGAGGAAGAAAUAGAAGUGGAAGAAGGGUCAGACAAACUUCCAGCAACACCAAUCUCCCAGUCCACCAGUGACCUUACCUUGUCGGUGAGUGAGGAAGGGGCGGAGCUAGAGGAAGAGUUAGGGAGGCGCUUAGGACUGGCAACACCUCACCGUGACUCCGCCUACUUCUCCGAUGGGGAGGCAGAGCCCGUUGUGGUACCUGCUGCUGGAAACAAGGAGGAGGAGCCGACCGAGAAGACCAUAGUGGAUGGAGGAUUUGUGGUACAAGUGUGCAAGGAGCAACUGUUGGUCACCUUACAAGAAAAUGUCACACGGAACCUUCUCUGUAGUCAGGGAAUACCAACAUUGACACCUUCUCCCAUUGCCCCGCUGAAGGAUCAGGCUGUUAUCAAGCUGUGGACCCUGGAGCCAGAGGAGGGACACGAGAUAGAUGUAGAGGAGGAAGCCAAGGAAAGCCACGAUGGAGACACCACAGAGUCUCAGCAGCUAGAGAGCAUGGAGGAUAACGAAAAGGAGGAAGAGGAGCAAGAGGAGCAUCAACAGCCUGCGGUGGGAAGUGAAGAACCUGAAGAAGUGCAGCCAGAUUGGGAGGAAGAGAAAAGGGAAGAAGAGGAGGAGCUGGGACAGUCGGGGACCCAAAAUGUAACUGUGUCUGAUAUGGAAGACUUGCAGGAUGCACAAGAAGACCAUUACGUGGCUGCUGAACCCCCCAAAAAGGAGCAGGAAUCUGUUGUCCCCAUAAACCAAGCUGGAGAAGAUAUCAAAGCCAAGUUGUCCAGGUUGUCUCUCUCACUUCCCCCUCUGGCCUUGCAGACGUUCCCUCCACCCGGUGGGGGCAGGAAAGGGCCAUUUUGGGAAGGGGCUGCUCUGGGGGAAGGGCCAACAUUGGGCAGGAGAGAAGCUGCCAUGGCAGCUGAGGAGGAGGAGGAAGAAGAUGCCGAUGAGGAAGAGGAAGGAGGGCUGGCUGGAGGCGGAGGGAGGAGUGUCCCAAUUGUGGUGAGCGAAAGCGACGACGCCCGUAACCUGCGCGGCCUCCUCAAGUCACCCCGCUCGGCCGAAGAGGCAGCUGCUGAGCUCGACCGCAAGCGGAAGAUGGUCUCCUUCUUUGAUGAUGUCACUGUCUACCUCUUUGAUCAGGAGACACCCACCAAUGAGUUGAGUUCACAGGGAGCCCCAGAUGGAGAAGCCCCCACUCCUGGCGCCAUCACAGAACCUGGACUGGAUAGCUUCCCAACAGCAGAUGGCUUCAGUGGCAGUUUUGAGUGGGAUGAUGAUUUUCCCUUGAUGGCCCAGAACCCAUCCUACGUCUCCAUGGUGUCUGAUCCCACUUCUGCCAAGCCCCACACUCUCCUGUCCUCACCAGUGCCCAUGGCCCCCGCCUUGUUGCCAACAGCCAAGAGGGGCGAUUCCAGCCUCGUUGAUGCCCUGCGGUUUUCUCGCUUCACCGUCUCUCCUGCCCUGGAGCCACAUCUGUCUCCGACCUGUGACACUGAAUUGGGAACCACAGCUGACUCCAUUGAGAACUGAGAUGGCAUAGGGGUGAAAUAGCUUUGCCUGUCUUUUCAAGAUGUGGGGACGACGCCCAGUCAUCCAGUUGACUUGCCAGGAGACCACACAAGAGUUCCUGUGGCGGAUGGAGAGACAGAUGCAUUUGUGUGCGUGUGGCGUGCGUUUGCGUGCAUGGGGUGGGGCUGUCGUCACUAACUGGAGCCUGUGAUACAUGGACAAUGGCUCUCCUCCCUCUCCGGCCCAUUCCAUGCGUCCUGCUUGGGGGUGGUGAAGCAUGGAACUUUUUGUACGAACAAUCAUGGGCCACCAAGUGAUGAGGGAGGCAUGGCCUCAGUUUUAGGGGCCCUGGCCCAGCACUGGCUAUUGAAUGUAUAACCCCUCUCCCUCCUUGCCUCCCUUCCGCUCUCUGAUAUGUCCCUUAUAAGGACCCUCUGUGCCAAACUGAGAGGGUGGGGGUCGGGGUGGGAGUGUGUGUGUGGGAAACCGAAACGUCCAGGAAGUUGCCUCUGACCAGCCUCUCUGCAUCUCCUCAAGUCUCAUCGGCUGCCCCCUGGAAUGUGGAACUGGACUGCCAGUUUAACCCCUUCUGUGCCAAAUGAAACUGAAUGGGCUGGUGACCCUCCCCUUUUGACCAGCAUUGUAUCUGAGGGGGGGGAAAGACCAUUGAUUUAAACCUCGGACAAAACUUCACCGGCGAGAUGGAGCAA